AUGGCGCCGACUUCGGCCUCCAUCACUGCCCUCACGCCCCUCAAACCUGACCUUCACGAACGCGCCUGGGCCUCGGUUCCUCACCCAACUCUUCCUCUGAUCGCAACCGCUCACGGAAAGGCCGUCACUGUGUUUUCUCUCUCGACUGCUUCGGCCCACAGCGUCCUUACCGGAGGCCACACCCGCUCCGUCCGCUCCGUCGCAUGGAAGCCCCAUCUGCGCCCCGGCAACCUAUGUCUCGUCACUGGCAGUUUUGACUCUACGGCUGGAAUAUGGCGCUGGGAGGGCCAAGAACAGAACGAUGGAGGAUUGGAGGUUGAGGUCACGGCGCAGAGCGUGCGGAGGAGAAACAAUGAUGAUAGCGACGAUGAUGGCGAUUCUACCAGCAAAGAGUGGGAGUUUACGCUUGUGCUCGAGGGUCACGACUCGGAGAUCAAGUCUUGCGCUUUCAGCCCCUCGGGUUCUUAUCUCGCUACCUGCUCGCGCGACAAGUCAGUCUGGAUAUGGGAGGAUAUCGGCGGAUCUGAGGAAGAUGACGAGUGGGAGACUAUCGCUGUGCUUAACGAACACGAGGGCGAUGUCAAGGCUGUUGCUUGGUGUCCCGACGUCCCUGGCCGCAACGCUCGACGCAGCUACUCGGCCGACGUGCUAGCCAGUGCAAGUUAUGACAAUACAGUGCGCAUCUGGCGAGAAGAUGGCGAUGCAGAAUGGGUUUGUGUUGCUGUUCUUGAGGGUCACGAGGGCACUGUCUGGGGGCUUCAAUGGGAGCCACGACCCCGGGAGGGAGAUCGCUUCCCGCGACUCUUGACAUUUUCUGCCGAUAACACUAUCAGGGUGUGGACAUUGGAGCAAGGCGAUGAGGCGGAGGAGAAUAGAACGGGAGGUGGUGCCGGUGCUCUUGGUGGAAUCCCCAAUACUAUGCGGAGAUCUCUACGAGAGGAGUGGACAUGCACAUCUGUCUUACCCAAGGUGCACACCCGCGAUAUCUAUUCUGUGACAUGGAGUGCACAGACAGGGCUCGUUGGGAGUACUGGCAGCGAUGGGAUCGUUGCGCUUUACGCCGAGGACUCGGAGCAACAUGUCACGACAUCCGACACCCAAGACCAAACCAUGGGUAACACUGAGGAGAGCAAGCAACAGCAGACGAAUUGGAGACUCCUAUCUUCGCGACCCGGAGCUCAUGGACCCUUUGAGGUUAAUCAUAUUACUUGGUGCCGGAGAUACGAUGCCGGCUCGGAGCGGCGCGGGGAAGAGGAGAUGCUAGUUACAACGGGCGAUGACGGGAUCGUACGGCCGUGGCAGGUUGAGAUUGAUGCGCCAAGGUAG